AUGACUCACUGUCACCUCAAGGAGGUAGCUCUAGAUGUAAACAUUGGGGGUAAAGUAUUUAGUCACUCCUUUUUGGUUGUUCCAAAUUUGAGUAUGAAUAUGGUGUUGUGGAUUGAUUUCCUGAGUAAAUAUGAGGCAUAUGUAGAUUGUAAGGACCAGGUGGUGGAACUGAAUACUGACGAGGGAAGAAAAAGGGUUAAAUUCAAAAAUGCACUCAAUGAUGAAAAACUGUUUUUUUGUUUGCGUGUAGCACAGUGCUUAAUGGAUGAGAUGGAGGUUGAGAAAGAGAUAAGGAGUAAAGUAAAUGGUACAAAGGGGAUUUCUGAGAAUGAGAAGGCAGAAUCAUAUCAGUUAUUGAGUAAAAAUAAAGAUGUGUUUUCUGAAAAACCAGAGAAAGUGACUGAUUUUGAGCAUUCACUCAAAGUGAAUCUACAUGAACCCAUUAAGAGUGCGGGUGAGAGUGAGAGUGCGGGUGAGAGUGAGAGUGCGGGUGAGAGUGAGAGUGCGGGUGAGAGUGAGAGUGCGGGUGAGAGUGAGAGUGCGGGUGAGAGUGAGAGUGCGGGUGAGAGUGAGAGUGCGGGUGAGAGUGAGAGUGCGGGUGAGAGUGAGAGUGCGGGUGAGAGUGAGAGUGCGGGUGAGAGUGAGAGUGCGGGUGAGAGUGAGAGUGCGGGUGAGAGUGAGAGUGCGGGUGAGAGUGAGAGUGCGGGUGAGAGUGAGAGUGCGGGUGAGAGUGAGAGUGCGGGUGAGAGUGAGAGUGCGGGUGAGAGUGAGAGUGCGGGUGAGGGUGAGAGUGCGGGUGAGGGUGAGAGUGCGGGUGAGGGUGAGAGUGCGGGUGAGGGUGAGAGUGCGGGUGAGGGUGAGAGUGCGGGUGAGGGUGAGAGUGCGGGUGAGGGUGAGAGUGCGGGUGAGGGUGAGAGUGCGGGUGAGGGUGAGAGUGCGGGUGAGGGUGAGAGUGCGGGUGAGGGUGAGAGUGCGGGUGAGGGUGAGAGUGCGGGUGAGGGUGAGAGUGCGGGUGAGGGUGAGAGUGCGGGUGAGGGUGAGAGUGCGGGUGAGGGUGAGAGUGCGGGUGAGGGUGAGAGUGCGGGUGAGGGUGAGAGUGCGGGUGAGGGUGAGAGUGCGGGUGAGGGUGAGGGUGAGGGUGCGGGUGAGGGUGAGGGUGAGGGUGCGGGUGAGGGUGAGGGUGAGGGUGCGGGUGAGGGUGAGGGUGAGGGUGAGGGUGAGGGUGAGGGUGAGGGUGAGGGUGAGGGUGAGGGUGAGGGGGUAAUUGUAUCGGGGGGCACUGAUGUGGAGUGUCGAAGCACAUGUGUGGUCCAGCACGCCGAACGCUGGUUGCACGUGCCGGACGCCGCCAGUGACGCAAUGCCGGGGAAGCGGAGGCGCAGCUCACGUGUGGUGCGCGAUGCUCCGUGA